AUGUCAAACAUAUCUCCUGAGGUAUUUGCUCCAGAAGUUAUAUUACAAGUAAUUGAAUCGAAUGAUUCUAAUGAAAAACCUUUAGAUAACAUUGAAGAUAAUUCUGUGGGUCACAACUCAAAUAAUUUCGUUUCUAAUGAAAGUGGCAGUAAUGCUGCCAGUACUUCAAAAUCUGAAAUAAAAUCUUUUGUUUGUGACAUUUGCAAUCGCACACUUUCUUGUAGAAGGACACUUGUUAGGCACAAAAAAAUACAUUCAGAAGAAAGACCUUUUACAUGUGAAAUAUGUAGUAAAAAUUUCCGUGUUCAAAGAAAUCUUAAAAGUCAUGUACAGACAGUUCAUCUUAAAGAGAAGAAACAUCAAUGUGACAUUUGUGGAAAGAGCUUUGGAUUUAAUAAGACUUUGAGAGAUCAUCUUAUGACGCAUACAAAUUUAAAACCCUAUUCCUGUACAAUUUGUACCAAAAGCUUCAAGCAAAUUGGCCAUUUGAAAAGUCAUUAUAAUACACACAGAAUAUUCAAGUGUGAACUUUGUGAGGCUACUUUUAACACUAAACGGCAUCUGGAAUGUCAUGUUUUAGUGCACACAAAGAAUUCUUACAUGUGUGAAUUAUGUAAAAAAGGUUUUAAAUAUUUGGAUGGUUUAAAAAGGCACAGCAGCACACACGAGUUGUAA